AGCGUUAGUCUUGUGUUUACAACGGCAGAGCGUGGACGGUGGCGCACUGUACUGUGAUGAAGGAUGUAUCCGAUCCCCACUAUCUUUUCGUGGACGCGACUUCGUGGACAUGAUACAGGGUAUACCCAGGAGCAAUCAUGGUUGAUGCGAACAGGGUGAAACGCUGGUUCGCUUUUCGCCCAGGAACUAAAUGGACAUUGUUCCUUUUUGGAUUUGUCAAUGUAGUUGCGACUUUUGGGUGUCCGGGUGUAUGUUUCUGCCCAACAGUGUCUCGAUAUGUUCAUUGUUCCAGGAAAAAUCUACCUUUCAUCCCUAGUGGCAUUUCUAAUGACACAACUCAUUUGUAUCUAAAUGAAAACAACUUUCAGAAUCCGAACCUGAGCCGGAGUAAUUUUACGUACCUGACGUCACUGGAACAACUGUUUCUUAUCGAAUGUGGAAUCGAAUUAAUAGAAGUGGACACUUUCCGCGACUUAAAGAAACUCAAAUGGCUUGAUAUCAGUAAGAAUCGACUGAAGAUUAUUUACGACAAUACAUUCCAGGGACUUCAUUUAGACCAUUUAUUCCUGAACGACAACCCUGGAAUGGUACUAUCUACCAAUGCUUUCCAGGGACUUCAGGCAAUGGGUCUGUACAUACACAACUGUGCCAUAGCAGACAUCAACAUUGAUCAUAUAAAACCACUGAACGGUACAUUAAAAUCUUUAUGGUUAGACGGAAAUAAACUGGAAUAUUUUAAAAAUGACUGGAAAUAUUUGUUUAACACUCUGAGUUAUGUGAGAUUGGGAAACAACCCUUUACAUUGUAACUGUGAAAUAAAGUGGCUAUACAGUUUCUACGUCUCACACGAUACGAUGUUCGCGGGGGUUGAUCCACCCUCCUGUCUUACACCGCCCCGACUCAGGGGCAAAAGUUUAAACUUUCUGACAGAACAAGAUUUUAGGUGCCAAUUGCCAGUGUUUAAAACAGUGGACGUUAUUUUUGUGGAGUCAUUAGGCAAGCUGACUUGCCUAGCUAGUGGUGACCCUGUUCCUACUAUUAUCUGGGUGAAACCAGAUAAAACAAAGGAGGUUUACGCUCCUAAAGAGAUCAAAGACACACCCGACGACAACGAGGGAGUGCUGUACUUGUCAGAUCCCCAGUCGGAAGAAAACGUAAAAUAUCAGUGUAUAGCUAAAAACCCUGCAGGUAACGUGACAUUUACUUUGAGCGUUCGUUGGCCACCAUCAUUUUCCCAAGAUUUCGUGCAGGACCCAGGUAUCAUAGAAUCCAAACCUACCCCGGAAAUUCACACCCCACACAACAAACAAACCCACCAGCCUCGACUAGAACAAAACGCUACCAAAGGAAUAACUAAAAACAAAGAACAAAUUGUUAUAAAUGCUGGGCAGUCCUCCGGGAUUAGCCAGGUAGCUUCGAACGAACCGGAAACGGAAGUAGUAUUUUCAAUCCUGGACAUCGUCGGUGCAGUUGUAGGAACAUUUCUCUUGACGUUACUUGCUUGCAUCGUCAUCUUUCAUAUAUUUCAUCGUCAUCAAGAGAGGUUUUUCUACAGAGACCAAAAUGGCGUCAAUGAAACCCGGGCAAACAACAAACACCUUGUGACAGACGUGCGCAACGAGAACGUGAAAAUGCUACAGAACAACCACUGUACGGUAUGAAUAGUGAAAAUCAAAAUUUCUCAGACAUGUGUGAUAAUUUAUGUUAACUAUGAAGAAAACACUCAGUAUUGUAUGAGGAAUUGUUUUCUAUAUUACAAGGGUUGAAUGUGAGAUUUAUUGUCACAGACAAUGAAAACAAAAUCAUUUAUGGACGUGUUUUCUCUUCUAAAUUUCAUUAUUUGUAUUCAAUCUCAUUUCCAGAGAUAAUUCACAGCGUGUUAGAGGGAUAAUAUUCCGUAUAUACCACAUUAUUGUAUCUCUUUGUGUAUUUUGCGUUAAAAACGACGUUAUUUGUGCUAAUAAAAAACGAAUAUAAGUAAAACAAUGGCAAAGACAUGGGAUUUCGUAUGGGAGGAGAAAAUCUCUCAUGUCAUGUGGUUAGACUUCGAGGAUUGCUUAUAUUAUUUCCUUACGUUUUUCCGGGAUUAUCAGGAGAACAAAAGAAAAACAAUCCCGACAUUCUUUAUUUUAUCUUCUUUUCAAGUGUACUAGAGAUGGUGUGAAUCUCAAACUCGAUGUUUACAUUUGUGAUUAUUUCUACCAGGAUCCCAUGUGUUUAUCUUUGUGGACGUAUGUGUCUCUUCCAUGACUUGUCAUCGUGAAAAUGGUCUCUAGUCGAAUGUCAGGGUCCAUGUCAAAGGUCAAUUUCUGUGAGAUGUUGACGGUGCGACAUAAAAGUGGUCAGUGACGACAAUAAUAUCGUGUGUGAUGGAUGUUUCUUUUUACAGUUGCGACAUUCUGUCCAUAUGAAGCCCGGGCUAUUGACAACAGAAAUUGAAUGUUACAAAAAUGGCUGACGUACUAAAUCCUAAAAUGUAAGAAUGUGUGUAUCCUGUUUUGUGUGGUCAGAGUUGAAAGGAAAGCAUUCAGAACAUGAUUUAAUCAUAUUCACCAUCAUUGAGAUUGUUUCCGAUGUUUUAGAAACAUCUAUCCUGAAUUAAAUCACGUCUAAACAUAAGAGAAAAUGAUUGCUCAUGAUUUUUUGUUUAUUUUGAUAGCCAAACCUUUCUAUCUGUUCAUUGUUUUGAAAUCCUAUUCUGAAUGUUUAUCUCUAAAAAUUCCGAAUGAACUGUGAUGUAAAUAUAAUGAACAGAAAAUAAUUUGAAAAGUGACGAAUGAAUGCUCUCUAAAACAAUGUUAGAGAUGAAGUUAGUAAGAUGAUUGCUUAAAUUGAAAUAAUAAGGUACAGAUCUUGCUGUAAGGUAUAUAUUAUUCUACAUAUAAACAGUGUAUCGGCACAAACUUAUUAUGAUAUAAAACAACUUGAAAUUCCAUCCCUAUGAUUCUGAGAUCAAUAUAUCAAAUCAACCAGGUCUUCAUUAUGAAAUGGUAUAUUGUCAAUUUGAAAUAUAAAUGCACAGUCACCGUGAUCCUCCACGAUGAGACACCCAUUAGUAACAUUGUUUGUUUACGACUAGUUGCUGUGUAGUCUAGUUGUAGACCACUUGUAACCAAAUAUAUGGAGAUGUUAUACAUUUGAGAUAGGAUCAAAGAUGUCUAUUUAUCUCCACUUCCAUGCACUGAUGAUUCUAUAAUAUGCGACCAUCUGCCUACAGCCCUCAUAUUCCCACAUUCUACAAUCCUAAGCAGCCUUGAUAUCGUCACCCUGUGGCGACGAUUUUUGAUUUGUCAAGCGACUCAACAUUGACACUUAAAUCUGUAUGAUAUUACAUCUACAUAUUUAUCCCUGUGAGAAAACAGCGUUCCACGACAUUUUGACCCUGUCAAGUACCCACAAGCUAUUUAACAUGUAGACCUAUUCGUACACCUGUAGCGCUGUAAACUAAAUUAUCGCUGUCCGAACUAAGUAGGUGUGAAUUUAGUGAAUGCCACUUCCACUUAUGAUGUAAAUAUUCGACUUGAUAGAACGUUAGUGCAAUUUGUAGUAGAGUUGCUAAACUGAAACCUUAUCCUUCUGUUAGACAGGGAACACAAUACCACAUAUCUUAACCAUCUGAACGGAGAACCUUUAAAUGCAUAAUUCUUUCUUACUUAGGAUUCAGUGUCAAGUUCCGUUUGUCUUCUACAAACUUGAAAAUGUAACUAUAUACAUUUUGCUAAAGUGUGUAUUUUUCAAAUGGUCGUUAAUGUCACUCAGAACCUUUAUGUUCAUUUCCAAACGAGUGGCUCUCCACUCCGCGUUAUAUUGUACGACAUCAGCAAAUAGUGUUAUAUUCUUAUGCUAAUGUUUUUAUUUCAGGUAACAGUAUCUCUUUAAGAACUUUAAGAAUGCAUGGACGAUUGUUUAAAUUCAUUAAAUGAUAUUACGUAUAAACAAGUUAUAUAUAAUAACAUGAUCAAAAUAAAUGUUAAAAUAUAAUUUAUAUCUUGCGUUAAAAAAACGGGAUUGUGUAGUAAGGGGUAUAUUUCAGUGGUAUUCAGUGGCAUUUCAUCGGAUAUACAUGUGGUAUAUUUUAGUGGUAUUUAGGGAUAUUACGGCCAGGUGAUGUAUGCAUUAUACCUGUAACUCUCGACCUUAAGCCGUGGUAUUUAUAAAGCUUCCAUCACAAAAGUUCUUGCCGUGUGCUCACAUAAAUAGUCGACAUAAUGUAGGGUAAACAUACUGAUGUUUAAUUAACGCGGGAUAUAGCGUCCCGGUGUAGUACUAUAAUCUACUUACUCAGAUCUACCGCGCGUCAUUUUAUAGCAAUCAGCUGAUUUCUUAUUCAUGGCGGCUACUUCAUAUAAAAUGGCUUCCGUCCGGACUGCUGUUAAAGAAAUUCGGAGAGUAUUAUUCUGUCCGGUUCGGGGCUUUAUAUAAACAUUACGGUCACCUUACAUGAAUCUUUGUUAUUCUAUUAUCAUCUGUAGAUUUAUUAUUCAUGAACGGGCAUUUUAUGAGAAUUUCCUUAUAGUAACUUAUUGCAAGGAAGAGUCCGAGUUUAUAAUACAUUAGAUGAAGGGAUAUCUAUAACCUAAGAAAUGCUUAUAGCUCAUAUACAGAAGUGUAUUUAGGCAAGAGUUAGUCCGGGAUAUGUGUUUAUUUUUUUUUUGUUAAUAAGAAUGAUUUUUUGAUAUUGCCCGUAUAACGGUGAACAGCGACAGAUAAAACAAUAUUAGACGGACCAAAGAUGUCCAGAUUGUUAGCCUGUCGACACGUUAAUUAUUAAUGACAGGUAAUUUAUUACAGGAAAUGGAUUCUCAAGACAUCUUGAUCAUAUAACUGUAAAUGAGGUCGUAUACACAUGAUAUUCUGGCCUCGUCCACACGUCAAUCUUACUGUCAAUUCGCCGCAGGUACCGGGCACAAGAUUAACAAUGAUUACACUGGAAAACCAUCUCUCACUUUAUCGUGCGAUAACCAAAGUUACUCCGGAAUAAUCUCUGAUCAAGAUCACAAUGAAAGAUACAAUGCUCACAACAAAUGGCCUCUGUGUUUGUGACACACGACGCGAAAUGGUGGUCCGAUAACAGCAGUACAAACUGUCAAAGUAGGCCGAGAAAACCGCUUAGCAUCUUAAUACGCUAUUUAAAUAAGAAUAGUAAAAUUUCUGCCAUUUUAGACGGCAAUGUAUUCAGUGUCGUAAAUCGAUUGAUUGGCGAUGUGAUGGCCAUUACUACUGUUAAUAGACUAUUAUUGAUUGUGAUCUGUAUCUAUGGCAUUCUAUUCUAAUGUUUAACAUAAAGAAAUACAAUACACAUUUCAUUUAAUUUUGAAAAUGUUUGAUAAAAUCCAUUUGAAAAUUAAAUGCAACUGUACCUUUACCUUCAAUAGAAUAUUCCCCGUUUAUAUUUUUUUUAAAUUUGUGUUUGUUUUCGCCGCCAUUUCACAUAUGUGACGUUUUAUAAAUUACUAGCGUAUGAUCAAGCUUAUAUCACCUUAUCAGACAGUAGAUAAUUAUUCAUAUAAAUAUAUAUCCUGAAAUUCUGCAACAUCGUCCUUCGUACAAUUUUAGAAUUUGCUGCCAUCUGUUCUUUUCAUUCGUUUAAACAUUUUAACUAAUAAAUGAAAAAAAAGAUAAAUCACAACAACAGUAGACAUACUAUGUUCAACAAAGGACUCAGGGCCUUACACUAGGUGACACACUUUAAUGUAUUUAUGGUAAAACCUGACACUUAACAGUUUUGGUAUUAUCUGUUAUGCAAUCUACUCGCAUAUCCACAGGGAACUACAGCACCCACAAAACACACCCUCAAGAAACAGGCGCGAUGUAUUAUUGAUUCACUCACUGUUACAGUACAGGUUUUAAUUUGCAUCCAUAAUUAUUUAAUGAUAGUUAAUGCAUCGAGUUCAGGAUCUGAUUUGAUAUUCAGAAGUAACAAAUAUUGUUCGCUUGAGGGAGCACAUUUCAAUAUCAAGAAAAUAAGAUAAAAUUGAAAUUUAGGACGCGUAUUCAUAUUUUAGCGAACAUAUAACCCGCUGAAGCGUGCCAUGUUUUCAAACCUACCAUUUGUCAUGCUAGAAGAAUGCAUCCAUGUGUAUUUGAGUUAGUGGUGACAUUCCUAGAUCAAAUGAAUGACUGAGUUAUGGAUGGAAACAUAUUUUAUAACCAUAGCUACUUUGUAGUAAUGUGUAUAUAUUUUAUCACCAUAAGCUGCCAACAAACCUCACCUAGGUGUUUAUGGUUUACAGAGGGAAACUUCAGUUAUGACCUGAAUUUGUUCAUCCAUCAAUACUUUGCAUGAUGCUUAGGGAGCUAUUUAACACAAAUCCCUUAGGUAUACUGUAGGUGGUAAGUUAUCCGAGACCUAUAGCGUGUACGAUUUCCUCCAUAAAAAUUAACUUUAUCGAUCAGGCCUGCCCCUCGUGACUAUGGGUGAAGCCAUCUGAUAGCUGAGUAAUCACACAGGAUAUACUUUUACUGAAAUGUCAACUGCUGACUUCCAAAGCCUGCCAAUCUAACUGACACCCAGUACAUGGUGUACCGUACAUUACUGUUUAUAACCUUCUAUUUAGUUCUCUGUGGGUGAUAAUCCUGCUUUUCUCCAGUGGGUUCAACACAAGUGGUAAACCUCAACUAAUUUUCGAGAAAUAUGUCUCAUAGAGUGUGUUUAAUACGAGAAUUUCUCCUUGACUUCAUGUAGAUGAAAAUAAAUACUAUCCUGAAUUGAUGUAAACUAACUAUUUCCUUAAUAACAGUGGACCUUAAUAUUUCUUGGAAUUUCGAUGAAAAUUUUACGAACCGUCGUGAAACUAUUCAUUUUAUGAUAAAUAAUCAUGGACAAGAAAGAUACAUGUAAUAGUCCUAGUAAAAUCCCCUGAAAUACAAUGAAAGUGUAUCUACCCGGAAGGAUUGUCUCCCCUGAGAAGUAUAAUUAUAUAACAAUAAAGGUUAAUGUUGUCCUGGCUGAUAACAUUUUACAGCUUCUCCUCGAUCUGCCAAUCAGAUUAGUGACCGGUUUCAUUUCAUAUCAGUGUUAUAUACGGUUUGCAAGUUUUCACACUAUAAUGAAUAAAAUGUUGAAAAAAGUUAAUCGCCACUAUGUACAAAUUGAAAUGGUAUUCAUUCUAACCUGAUAUAUAAUAAUUUCUAGUUUACGAGUCCGUACAUAUCAUUUCACAAACAAUAAAGAUGUAGCUUUAGAUAACAAAACUUAAAACGCUUCUUUUCAAGUACGUUUCCAUUAUCAUAGUAAACUUCAAAACGAUUUUCAAUUGAUAACAAAAUAUUUUAAGAUGAAUUCUCUUUGAUAGGAUGUCGCACCAAACAAAAUCUGCUAACAAAGAUAGAAAUAUGAAUUUGAGUACUUGGCAUUGAUACCACCAGAUCUAAAUGCCGGUAAAUGUCAGAGUUGUCAUCCAGGAUAAUCAUCGAGCGACACGUAGCUUUGUGUAACACGAGUGUGUGAAUGUGCAGAGUGGGGAUGAGAGAGAUAACGUGAUGGUGUGAGAAUAUGUUGUUGUAAGGCUGGGAGAGGAUUACUUUUUAUUAAACAAUAUAAAUAUAUAUAUAUAUAUACAGUUGUAAUUUAUUUUUGUGUUUAUACCAAUAUCAUGUGAAAUUGAGACAUUACGAUGGAUGAGUUGCCGAUGCUAAAAGUGAAUAAAACAAUAAAAUAUGACAAAAA